UAUAUCCAUCGUGUAUAUCAACCAACCCACCGCAAUCACCCCCCUUCCUUUCGCCAUUGAAGGCUGCCGCCGUCGUCAGUCAUCACCAUGCCUCAGGAUAUGCCCCCACAGGGGGGCUAUUUGCCCGUGCAGUACAAGCGCAACAUCCCUGCCCGCGGCUUCCGCCCCAUCUACUACAUCGUCGGCAUGCACCUUGUCAUGGCCUACGGUUUCUACAAGCUCUUCUACGGUAUUCGUGAGCAGCACGAACUCGCCCGUGAGAAGAUCUGGGGUCGUCUGCACAUCCUCCCUCUGCUUCAGGCCGAGGAGGACCGUGACCAGGCCCGUCGGUACUUCGCCGACAAGGCUCGUGAGAAGGAGCUUCUCGGCACCGACUCCAAGGUCUACAACUCGAGCCGCUUCGUUCGCCCUACUUUCACCUAUACCCCCACCAACGUCACCCAAUAAGCACCCGGAAUAGAAAAUACGGGUGCGUUCAAUUAUGGUGUCAUCAAAAACCUCAAUUCCACCCCCAUCGGGGCGGAUCUUGCGCACAUGAUCUGAUCGGGGAGUUCAUGUGCAAGCAAAGAUGGGUCCAGAGUAUGCAGUUAUGGGCGUGUAGGCGGCGCUUCCGUGAGGAUAAAGAGGUGCACUGGGACUGUCAAGACGAGCUAUUGUAUGCUGUAGAUAUACCAACUAAAGAGACCGGCCAGUUCCGCAAUGCGUGUUUUUUUGUAUUUCUUUUCCUGCCAAGAGUGUGUCUAUCAACCGCUGCUUACAUUAGCUAGGCUGUGUGGCUGCAUUUCUCCGUAUGUGUCUAUGUGCUUUAUAUGCGAGAAUC